CUAAACAGCUGUCUCAGUUUUCUUCCUGUAAAUAAAAAUAACAAUUAACAGAUUCUCCCCGUAAUUGCUAAUUAAUCAGUUAUUAAAAACGGUUUUUAUACUUACUACAUGUAGGACAAUUUAUGAAUUAUCAUUUUCUUAAAUAAAUUUUAGAAUUAAAGUGUAUAUCUAAAAGGUCUUCUGAUAACAAUUAAAUGGAUUCAAAAAUUGCUGAGGAAAAUCCAAAGAAAAUUUAAAAUAAUAGAUUAUUGAACCAGUUAAUAAGAAAAUUGUGCUAAUAAUGUCAUAAAUAUUGAAAAAGAUUAGUUUUAAAUAUUAAAAAAUGGCCUUGAUCAAAGAAAUGGCGGUGGUCAAGUUGCCACAAUCGCGUAGUGUUUGGGCCAUAACAAUAGCCUCCUUUCUUUUAUGUUUUAUAUUUUACUACUUCUACGGUGGUUAUUUAACUAUUGGUUUGAUCAGUCUAGUAUUCUUGGGUAUAUUUUAUUAUGCGCAAGACGUUCUACUUUAUCAUCCCGAUUUGCCAGCAAACUCACGAAUUUACAUACCCAUUCCCACAAUGCACAAUCUACCUCAUGAAACGGUUAGUAUUCGGACGCCUGAUAAAAUAACACUUCAUGCUUUCUGGGUGAGACAGCCAGAGGAACGUUCAAAAAGUGUACCAACAUUUGUGUAUUUUCAUGGAAACGCCGGAAAUAUGGGCCACCGCAUGCAAAAUGUAUGGGGUAUUUUCUACACAUUAAACUGCAACAUUCUAAUGGUGGAAUAUCGUGGAUAUGGUCUUUCCACGGGUGCCCCAAGCGAAAAAGGACUUGUUACAGAUGCCAGAGCGGCUAUAGAUUAUUUGUACACACGCCAUGAUUUGGAUCACACUCAGAUUGUGGUGUUUGGUCGUUCACUGGGAGGAGCAGUUGCUAUAGAUGUAGCAGCUGAUACGAUCUACGGCCAGAAAAUAAUGUGUGCCAUUGUAGAAAAUACAUUUUCUAGCAUACCGGAAAUGGCAGUGGAAUUGGUUCAUCCAUCUGUCAAAUAUGUACCUCAUAUAUUGUAUAAGAAUAAGUUUGAUUCUAUUUCGAAAAUUUCAAAAUGCUCAGUGCCAUUUCUCUUUGUCAGCGGGUUAAGCGAUAAUUUAGUACCACCUCGUAUGAUGCGUGCCUUAUAUACGGCAUGCGGAAGCGAAAGAAAACGGAUUUUGGAAUUUGUUGGUGGUUCACACAACGACACAUGGAUAGUUGAUGGUUACUACCAAGGCCUUAAAACGUUUCUCAACGAAUGUCAAAAUAUUGUGCCACCUUUGGAAAAACCCCCAGAAAAGAGUAACGUUUGGAAUGAAAUUCAAGAUGUAUAAAUGUCCCGGGCUUCUAACUACCCUAUUUUAAAUUACUUUUUUUUUAUUACAUGCUCAUCCAUCCACCAUCAUAUAUAUUUUUUUUUAAUUUCAUUCAGAAGUAUUGCAUUUUAAACCUGUGUCUUUGUAAAGUUUGUUGCUUGUUUUUAUAAUGUAACUUUUAAAUAUUAUUCGUAGAAUUUAUUAAAGAUUAAACCAAAAACUAAAUAAAAUUUAGAUACAAUUUUAUUCUUACAACAUAGGUUUUAUCCUCUUACAACUUUCUCUUCCUAUGAAAUACAAAAAUACCAUGUAUUCUAUUAUCUACAAACUAUAUAUAUAUAUUAAUCUAUAACUCAGUAAUGCACUCACUAUGCUUGAUUUGUUUCAACUGCCAAAAGGAGAAUAUUGUUAUAAUUUAGACAAAAAAUUUCCGUUGUAAAAACCAAAUUUCGAAUUAUGUUUGAGAGAGGCUGUGGGAAAUACAAAAAUAAAAUUACGACAGUUGUAUUUGAAUCAACAGCUUUAAACAAAUGUAUAUAGAUACGAUUACAUUUACAUGCAUAUAUAUAGGGAUAUUGUUAAUCGAGGAGUUUUAAUAAACUAGCAUUAAAUCAACCAACUAAAAGCAAUUAUAACAUACUUAAACUGCAAUUAAUAAAAAAACUGUUAUGAAA